AAACAAGAGAAUUAAUUAUGCAAUACCCAUGAACAUGUCUGUUGAUGGUCAUCUAACCAUAUAAUAUUCUUCACCAUCUUCACAAAAAAACACUGUGAAAAACAAUAAAAUUGAGUAGAUGACUAUCAACAAACACAUCCAAAGCUGCAAAAUUUGAUCAUUGAGAAAUUGCAAAUUAAAAGAAGAAGAGUUUUAAGCCUAUGAAUAUGUAUAUAAGUCCUGAUAUAACGAGAAUAUGCCUUGGAAUUAUUCCUUUGAAGAAGCAUAUGCUUUGAGAAUAAACCUUUCUUUGUCUCUCUGACUGGCUGGUAGGAAUGAGAGUUGGAAUUGACAAGCAUGGAUUUUCAACAUUUGAGAGAGAAGAAGAAAGGGACUAUUGGGAUACUGUUUCUCGUGUUUAGACUUUUUCAAUUUUGUAGAGGAUUGAAGAGUGACAAGCUCUGCAGCCAGUGCUCCAAAUGUGAUUCAAGUAAAUGUCCUGCAAGUGAAGCUUAUCCCCACAUGACAGGAUUUGAUAAAAGUCUCAUCGCCGGCGCGUUGCAGUCGGAUUAUGUGGAAGUAGAUGACAGGGGAGUUUACUCAGUUCCGGAUGUCAAAGGUGGUGAGUCUGAAGAAUAUAAUUCUUAUUUUGGAUGGAAAUCUACUUCUGGUUCUGCUUCUGGCUACCACAGGUUUAGCAACUACAUGGACAAGUGCUCUGGUGGGCAAAGCUACCUCACUGUGGACAAUAAUGGAAAGGUGAGUCUUAGAUCAUUGACCUCCCUGGAAAGCCUAGCCCAGGCCGACUGGAAAUCCAUUAACCCACCGAAGAAGCUGAACCACCGCGAGUUCCGAUUCUGGGUUUCUAGUAGUACAGGAAAAUGCUUGACAGUUUUUCCAGGGAAGAAAAAUAAACGAAGUGUCGGUGUGGCUGAGUGCAAGUUUGAUGGGUCAAAUGUUAACCAGCUUUUCGCCUUUCGGUUCCAUUACCACAAAGCCUUUUGUUGCUGUGGUGUUUAUAACGAAUAAUUCUUGGAUUGUCCAAAGCCAAAAAUACGAAUAAUAUUGUAUACUUGUAAUACACUUAAAGAUUCAUGGUUU